AUGAGAGCUAAACGAAGAAUUGCAACUAUUCUGACAGGGGUUCUAGGAAUAUCUGUUAUUUGUGGACUUGUAGCGGUUGCUAUUUUUGGAAUCGAUAGUGUCUACCAGGAAAAUAGGAAGACGACGUCCAUAUCGAGCUCAACCACAUCAGAUACUGUUUCAAGUACACUGUCAACCGUACUUCAAGCCGAAUCAUCAGUAGCACUGACGAUUUCAAGCUCAACUAGUAGCAACGCGGCAAAAACAGAGACAAAUGAAUUUGAAACCGAAGCAACUACUAAAAUCAAUACAGAAGAACCAAGCACAACAGGCUCCUCAUCUUCAAUUAUUCCUACAACCUUCGAUUUAUCAACAGAACCAAUACCUGAACAAACAACGAAUAACCAAAAAAUAACUUCACUAGAGCCAUUGUUAACAAGUACCGAAGCAAAGCCAAUUUAUACGUCAUCAACUACUACGACGAUCUCUUCUUAUCCAUCUUUACGGGAUUGCCAGAUUUUCUGCGAGCGAGGUGACUGCUCGGAUAUCCUCGGCAGUGGAACGUUAGAAGCCUGCACAAAUGAACAUGAUGAUUGCUUUGAGUGUUCACAACAAACUGAUAGUACAAAACACUGCCACGGGUUUUGA